CAUCCCACCUAUCAUCAUCAUCGUCGUCGUUUUUAGUUUACAACCAACAGCCGAGCCGUUCGAACGUGAUUUCCGCCGAAGCUGGAUUCUAUACCUUUUUAAGCGGGUUAAUUUGAAGAACUUUACUUUGUUUCUAAGCGGCGCGGAAAGUAAACCGUGAGAAUUCCGUUGUGUGUUUCGCGGACAGUCGGAUCAACGCACGCAUCACGCUGAAAGACAAUAACGGUCACGCAACAGCGUUGGACACCCUCGUGGACCAUCUGAAGCCGAUCGUGAACGAAAUGCAUAUUCAUCCGAGCUCGCCGAAUUCCUGCUCGUCGUCCCAGUCGGAGGAUGACGCGGCCACCAAAAUCCAGGCCGGAUUCCGGGGAUACCGGGUGCGUAAGCAGAUGCGGGGCCAAGGUUCCUCAUCGGGUUCCCAGGGAUCUCAAAGAGGAACCCGAUCGCUGGAGGAAAAAUCGGCCGCCAAGAUUCAGGCCGGCGUACGAGGAUUUUUGGUGCGCAAACGGCAGAAGGUGGCCAACGAUGCGGCCACCAAGAUUCAGGCCAGCUUCCGCGGAUUCAAGACCCGCAAAGACCUCAACAAAACGCCCUCCAAGAAAGAAAAGUGAGCUGACAAACUUUGCGCCUCGCGAAGACUUUAUUCCAAUGAAGGACAAAUGAAUCGGGAUGCCUUUAUAGACAUAUGUUUAUGCAGAUACUAGAGUAGAGUAGCAUGUAGUCAAUUAUUUAGCAGUUUGCAAAAACACCAAAUAUUUGAGAGGACCAUAAAAAAACCUAAGGAAAGAAUCCAGCUAAUGCAGAUGGAGAACCGCUGAGCUCGAGAAAACCAGAUCUUGUGUAUCGUUUAUUUUCUGGUGAUGAAGCAAUUGAGCCGAAAAAAAAGUGAAGCAAACCGGUGAACUCUGUUCGAUUCCAUUUUUGGAGGAAACAUAUACCAAACAAACAAUCCAAAAAAACGCGCAGAUCAGUAAAUGCCCCAAACAUUUCCCUCCCGUUCUUGUUCAUGUACAUAUUUUAAGUUUGAAAACGGCCAACAGAUCGGAUUCAAGUGAAGGAAACAUGAUCGGCUUCUAUGUAUCGUUAAAUGGUUAAUUAUCUCCUGUAAAUGUGAGGUUCAAGCUUCGCUCACUAGCAGUGUGCAUUUUUCCAAUGGAAAUUUCAACUAUUCGAAAUAAAUUUUUUGAAGAAUUAUAUUGUGCCUUACCUGGAUUUAGAGAAUCCUCUUGAAGACGCCGACAAAAAAUAGCUCCAAACCUAAAAAUAAUCACACUGAAGAUACGCCGGUUUUGGUUUUAGUGCUAGUAAUUAGCGAAAAGGUGUGCAUCGAGCUUGUGAAAAACACAUCAAAACAGGAACUAAUUUACGUCUGUCUAGCUCCAUGUUUCUUUCCUCCACGAUUUUGGUAAAACAUGACCGGGUGUCGUGAGCGGGUGAUAAUAAGGUACCAGAAUGCCUCUAGGGUAUCUUCACAAUUCCUCUUAUCCAAGUCAGAUUUACAUUUUUACGGAUCAUUUCCGGUCAGUAAGAAACACAUUGCCGCCGGGGGAAUCUCGUUCGAAGUUUUUUUUUCUCCUUCUCUUAGCCACUGUAGCAGUAUGAAUUGAUCAAAAACGAAUGCGGUAUUCUUUUUUAAAUUUUAAAAAUCAAGUUUGAUUAAGAAUCUUCCCAAUGAAAAGAGCCCAUAGUUUUCUUGAGGCAGGUUGUAGCGGAAAUGCUUCAAACACCUUAAUCAAUGUUAAUACGCUCAGUUCCGAUAUAGCUGUUUGUUAGGCUUUCAUGCGUUGAUUGAUAGCCGUUUUUAAGAAAAUUUAACUGUAGCUAAGCUUCGAUAGGAAACCAAAAAUGUAUAGAAAAGCAAUCAAGGGUAGUGAUUUUGUUUUUAAGUGUGGGCGCGCGGGCAAAAUUUCCUACCGCAAAACACAAAUCGUGCUGUAUACAAGUAUUUAUCAAGAGUACUCUACCACUUCUACUAUUUAAUUUUAAUUUUACUCUCUAUGUUAGCAUUGAUUUUAAGUGAGAUUUGUAACUAUCAAUAAACAGAUGUAUUUUUUAGCAUAGCAAAA